AUGCUGGUGAAGAUGUUGUCCCUUCGCUCCGCCGUGCGGAGAGCUUCCACCAAGCCCCUCCGAUCGAUCUCCGCACCUCAAGUCUCGUCGUUGCGAGGUGUCGCUGCCCGUGCGGUGUCGACUCCUCUUAGCCAGGGGCGUGCUUACUCUCGUUCGGCCGAACCUCACCUGAGCUCCACGCGCAGCACCGUUGUUCAACUGCUGAGUAACAUCGGUUCCAAGCGUGAGGUCCAGCAAUACCUGUCCCACUUCACUUCCGUUUCCUCCCAGCAGUUCGCCGUCAUUAAGGUCGGUGGUGCCAUUAUCACCGAGCACCUCCAGACCCUCUCGUCCGCGCUCGCCUUCCUCAACCAUGUCGGUCUGUACCCGAUCGUCGUUCACGGCGCCGGUCCCCAGCUCAAUCGCAUGCUGGAAGCCGCCGGUGUCGAGCCCCAAUUCGAGGAUGGAAUCCGGGUGACUGAUGGCAAGACUUUGUCGUUGGCACGAAAGUUGUUCCUUGAGGAGAACAUGAAGUUGGUUGAGGAGUUGGAACGUCAGGGUAUCCGUGCCCGCCCCAUCACCGCGGGCGUCUUCUCUGCCGACUACCUCGACAAGGCCAAGUACAACCUGGUUGGCAAGAUCAAUGGUGUCGACAAGAAGCCUAUUGAAUCGGCUAUUGCCGCUGGCUGCCUCCCCAUUCUGACCUCCAUGGCUGAGACUCCCGAUGGGCAGGUUCUUAACGUCAACGCCGAUGUCGCUGCCGGGGAGCUAGCUCGCGCGCUGCAGCCUCUGAAGAUCGUCUACCUUGCCGAGAAGGGUGGUCUGUUCAACGGUGACACCGGUGAGAAAAUCUCCGCCAUCAACCUUGACGAGGAGUACGACCACCUGAUGACUCAGUGGUGGGUGCGUCACGGUACUCGUCUGAAGAUCAAGGAGAUGAAGGAACUCUUGAACGACCUUCCCCGCUCCUCCAGUGUUGCCAUCAUUCACCCCGCCGAUCUUCAGAAGGAGUUGUUCACCGACUCCGGUGCCGGUACCCUGAUUCGCCGCGGCAAUAAGAUCAAUGUCAACACCUCUCUGUCUCAGUUCCAGGAUCUUCAGGCCCUGAAAGAUGUGCUCGUCCGUGACCGGGAGGGCCUGGAUGCUCGCGCCGUCGUUGACCGUUAUGUUGAGGGCCUGCAGGAGCGCGACUUCAAGAUCUACUACGAUGACCCCAUGGACGCUCUCGCUGUUGUCCUGCCCCAGAAGGACUCUGAGAUCGCUCAGCUUGCUACCUUUACCAUUACCAAGUCCGGCUGGUUGACCAAUGUAGCUGAUAAUGUCUUCUCCAGCCUCAAAAAAGACUUCGCCAAGCUGGCUUGGACCGUCAAGGAAGACGACGAGAACUUGACUUGGUUCUUCGACAAGGCCGACGGUAGCCUGAGCCGUGAUGGCCAGGUUCUGUUCUGGUACGGUGUUGAGACCGGCGAUGAGGUGAAGCAGCUCGUCCAGGAGUUCACUAAGAACGGCCGCCAGAUGUUCGGUGAUAUCAACCUUGAGAACCGCCUUCACCGCGCUCACCAGGCCGCCAUCAACAUCAACAAGGGCUUCGGUGUUAGCGGUGCCUCUGCUGAGCAGAAGCGUGCAUUCUCUUCCACCAGCAAUGUUCUUCGCGCUUCCCGGGCCAAGCGCCCGGCUGUUGCUGUCAAUGCUUUCCGCACCUACGCUACCACCAACCCUAACCCUCCCCUUGGUGAGAAGAACGCUUCUAACCCCCAGCCCGCCAAAGUUGCCCUCAUUGGCGCCCGUGGCUACACAGGCCAGGCUCUGAUCAGCCUGCUCAAUGCUCACCCCAACAUGGAUCUCCGCCACGUCUCAUCCCGUGAGCUUGCUGGCAAGAAGCUCCAGGGCUACGAGAAGCGUGAGAUUAUCUACGAGAACCUCAGCCCUGAUGACGUCCGCAAGAUGUCCGCCAACGGUGAUAUUGACUGCUGGGUGAUGGCUCUGCCUAACGGUGUCUGUAAGCCUUUCGUCGAUGCCGUUGACGAAGGUUCCCAGAGCGGUAAUGUUAUCGUUGACCUGAGCGCCGACUAUCGUUUCGACGACAAGUGGACCUACGGUCUUCCCGAGCUCGUUGAUCGGUCCAAGAUUGCUCGUGCCACCCGCAUUGCCAACCCCGGCUGCUACGCCACUGCUGCCCAGCUCGGCAUUGCUCCUCUCGUUCCCUUCCUUGGCGGCCAGCCGACCACCUUCGGUGUCUCCGGUUACUCUGGCGCUGGCACCAAGCCCAGCCCCAAGAACGACGUCAACUUCCUCACCAACAACAUUAUCCCCUACAGUCUGACUGAUCACAUCCACGAGCGUGAGAUCAGCGCCCAGCUCGGUGCCAGCAUUGCCUUCAUCCCCCACGUGGCUGUCUGGUUCCAGGGUAUUCAUCACUCCAUCAGCAUUCCCCUUGCCAAGGAGAUGACAUCCCGUGACAUUCGCAACCUUUACCAGGACCGCUACGCCGGCGAGAAGCUCGUCAAGAUCACCGGCGAGGCUCCCCUGGUCAAGAACAUCGCCGGUCGUCACGGCGUCGAGAUCGGUGGCUUCGCUGUCCACUCUAGCGGCAAGCGCGUCGUCGUCUGCGCCACCAUUGACAACCUGCUCAAGGGUGCCGCCACUCAGUGCCUCCAGAACAUGAACCUUGCUCUUGGCUACUCUGAGUACGAGGGCAUCCCCCUCGAGUAA